AUGACGCGCACGAGCAGCACAAGCUCAUCGUCGUCGCAGAGUCUGGAGCGUCAUUCGCAAGUUACAUCACCACAUCCUAAGCGAGGCACCCUUGCGAGUCUGGCCCACGAACAGACCAGCGGGGACGACUGCUGCCAUCUGCCGCCUCCUCCACCACCACUCGGGGACAGCUCCGAUGUCGACGUCGAGGCCCCGGCGUCGGCGGCGGCUGCGAUACCGGCGGCACCAGCUGGUGGUGACGUCGUCUUCAUCCUCGACCUGCCAGCCGACUUCACCGUCGGCUGCGACGCCACCGCCCUGACGGCCAGGCACUUUGUCGGCUUCCGCGACGUCCCUGACGGGCCGCACUUUUUUUGGGUCGCUCACCCGGGCGGCAUGGCCCCCCGAUCCGGCUUCUGGAUCGUGACCCGAGACGACGACGACGACGCCAGCGUGCACGCGGUCCGGUGGGACCGCGACACCGAGCUGCUCGUCGACGCGCCGUCGGACGCGAUCCCCCGCGACGCCGCCACGCUGCUGCUGUCGUACCGCGACCUGACGCCACGCAGCGGGAGCGAAGCGCAGGCGGCGGCGCUCAUCUGGGGCCAGCUGACGAGCUGCAUCACCGGGGACCUGCUCACACGCGUCACGGGGCAGCAGUCUGGCCGUGUCUGGCAUCUCAACACCAUGGACCAGGUGCGCGGCGCCGUCGCGCCGUCGGCCGAGCGCGCCAUGGAGCAGCACCUGGCGGCGAUGCGGCGCGCAGCAGCACCGCCGCCGCCGCCGCGCGAGCUGCGCUUCGCGCUGGACCAGCACGCCAAGACGUACUCGGCGGCGCUGUUUGGCGCCGACCGCACGCGCGAGGCCACCGACGCCACGUCGUACCUCACGUCGCUGCUGGACAGCGACAGCGACAGCGGUGUCGGCGCGUCGCGCCUCGUCGGCGAGCUGCAGCUGGCGCUGCUCGCCGCCGCGCACCUCGGCAGCGAGGCGUGCCUGGCGCAGUGGUGGCACGUGGUGCAGCGGCUGCUGCUGCGCGCGUACGACCUGCCCCGGCGGCGGCCCGCGCUCGCGGCCGCCUGGCUGCGCGCCCUGACCGCGCAGCUGGCGUACGGCGGCACCUGGCUCGACCCGCCGCUGGCGGAGCUGCUGUCUGAGGCGCGCGUGCGCGAGCUGCGCCUGGCGCUGAUUGUGUACCGGCGGCGGCUCGAGGAGAUGCGGACGACGACGACGACGCCGGAAGAGGGGGAGGUGGUGGCGGCGUUUGCGAGGCUCGAGGCGGCUGUGGCUGAGGACGACGCCUUUGGCUGGGAUAUUGCCGCCGAGUAUGUCAGAAAGGGCACCGUCGUCAUGGAGGACGGCGAGGAGGUCGAGCUCGAGAUGCAGGAGCUGCAGGCUGAGGACGAGAGGGGCGAGUGGGCGCCUGAGAUUGUCGAGCUCGACGAGCACGGACGCGAAAAGGGCUUGGUCUCGUGGAAUGACUGA